CUCUGUCUCUCAGUGUAGGACGUGAACUUGGUUGGUUGUUGGCAUUCGUCUCCCAAGGAACAGCCAAACCAAACCCACAGCAAGUAUUUCCUCCUUUACAGGGUUUUUAGAGCGGCAUUGAACCUUCCCUAGAUCCAGUCAUACAAGGUCAACACACCCUUUUUAACCGUCAUCAUAUAAAGUUAUAUGCUUCUUAUGGCUAGUUUGGUAUAGCAUGGCAAAGGAUAUGGGAAGGAUUAAAAUCUGUAAGAUUCUUUUGAAAUGGCUCUCCAUUCGUGCUUACAAGAAAGACAUGAAGGACUGAUGGACAUGUGUAUGGGACAGAAUAAAUGAGACUGACGAAACCAUCUGAGGAGCCAGCCCACUGCAGCUUCCUGUGUGUACCUGCUUUUUCUGGCACUGUUUCUAUCAGAUCAGGGAUACAAACUCCAGAUGGUUUCAACCUGUGACCGUAAGCGGACAUGCUCCCUAUCUGAAAAAGAGAAGGAGUACCCUAUUAGCAUAUUCAUGGCUUCGGAAUCGAACCUCCACAUUCAGCUCACUGAAGUUCUUAGAUAUGGAAUUGGACUAAGACUUUACACUAAGGAGAGAAAAAAUGGGAAUACCAGAUGACAUUAACAGCACGUGAGCAACCCUGCCUGCUUCCUGUUCUGGGGCCUGAAUUAUGAGAACAGCUAUGAUUAACCGUAAAUCCUUAUUGGUACUGUUGCUUAUAUCCACCUUGUGGAUCAGUUUUACAGUUUUCCGCAGCCCUAUAAAGCUCUCAUCAUUUCAGAAGUGGACUGCACUCAAGUGGCCCGACUCCCUCCCUCACUGGAAUUCCUUUAGGAAGGCCGUGGAUAGUGAAGCAUCACCAUGUUCAGUAGUUUCUGCAGCAGAGACUGACCUGAAGAUCAGGAAAAUACUGAAGAAGAUGGAUCAGCUGAUCCCACCCAGGCCCUUCACCCACAUAUACACCACAAGCAGUGCCAAGCAGAGCACAGCUUCCAUCCUCAACCCUCAAAUCACGUACUGCAGGGGCGACCAGCUGGAUGUCCUGCUACAGAUGAAGGACCACUUGGGACGCAGGAAGGAAUAUGGUGGGGACUUCCUCAGGGCCAGGAUGUCCUCCCCAGACCUGGAGGCAGGUGCAUCGGGGAAGGUGACAGACUUCAACAAUGGCACCUACCUCGUCAGCUUCACUCUGUUCUGGGAGGGCGAGGUCUCCCUGUCUGUGCUGCUCAUGCACCCCAGUGAAGGGGCUUCGGCUCUCUGGAGGGCCCGGAACCAAGGCUACGACAGAGUGGUCUUCAAAGGCCAGUUUGUCAAUGGCAGCUCCCGGGUCGAUACUGAUUGUGGGCUGUUUUUGAACUCAAGUGCUGAACUGUGCAGAUACCUGAAUGCUGAAGACCAAGAAGCCUUCUACUGUGUGAAACCUUCUCAUGUGUCCUGUGCUGCACUUACUCACAUGUAUUCUAAGAACAAGCAAGUUUCCUAUCUUAGCCAUCAAGAAAUGAACCUCUUUGAAAGGUCAAAUAUGGCUGUGGAGAUUAUGAAACACUCCAAUGUGAUCCGUGUGACAAAAUGUAACACAAAAACAGAAGCAGUGAAAGAGAAAUGCAAGCCUGGACUGAUAUCCACAGUCCCCAGUGGACAUGUCUGGAAAUAUACAUGGAAUCCUGUGUCCUGCAUUCUGACUCCAGUCAGCAUGAAAGACUGCCUGAGCGGAAAACUCAUAUAUCUAUUGGGAGAUUCCACAGUCCGCCAGUGGAUAGAGUACUUCAAAACCAGAAUGCAAACACUGCGGUUAGUAGAUCUACAUGAAUCUGGAAAACUGCAACAUCAACUCGCCGUGGACUUGGAUAGAAAUAUUAACAUCCAGUGGCAAAAACAUGCUUUCCCCUUGAUUGGCUCACUGGUCUAUUCAGUCAAAGAGAUUGAGUACAUUGCCCGGGCCAUUGACAGAACUGGAGGAGAUAAAAAUACCGUGAUUGUAAUUUCUCUGGGCCAGCAUUUCAGACCCUUUCCCCUAGAUGUCUUCAUCCGAAGAGCCCUCAAUGUCCGCAAAGCUGUUGAGCGUCUUCUUCUGAGAAGCCCAGACACUAUGGUUAUCAUCAAGCUGGAAAACACCAGGGAGCUGAACAGUGAUGUGGAAAGAUUUAGUGACUUUCAUGGCUACAUUCAGUAUCUGGUUAUAAAGGACAUUUUCCAGGAUCUCAAUGUGGGAAUUAUUGAUGCCUGGGAUAUAACAAUUGCAUAUGGCUCAAAUGCAGUCCACCCACCUCAAUAUGUUAUUGAAAAUCAAGUUAAUAUAUUCUUAAACUAUAUUUGCUAGAUACCUCAUAUCUGAAGAUCAUUUAUUUAACUAAAAGGAUCUAUUGAGCGUGUGCUAGGAUGCCAGGUGGUGCAUUGCUGUAACUCCCUUCUGCACUGAGAAGAUUGUCUGAGCUAUGGUGGAUAUGGAUCCAUAUGGAUAUGGAACUAGUAGUUGUGCCAGAUAAGAUAUAUUUAAACUAAAUUUCACUGAAGACAUGAGACUGAGUAUAUGUAUAAAAAGUCUUAUAUAUCCAGACAGAACCAUGUAGCUCUUCACCAAGAGAAUCUAUGAUGCCUGUGGGUAAAACUUUUCUCUAAUGCUUCAAAAUUCAAAUCAAUAAACUAGUUGUUAAAUAAAUACAUUUAGAAA